ACAAAAAUUCCAAGCAAAUUCAUACAAAUUCUCCAAUCAAAUUAUUGUGAGCGAAUCUUAAUUUAAAAGUUUUCAAUUAUUUUUUAUUGUUCUAAAUACCUAUAUAAACAGCAAAUUUAAUCAAGAAUACAUAUUAAAUACUAAAAUGGCUGGAUAUUCGGAAGAUCAAUUGGCAGAAUUCCAAGAAGCAUUUCAGUUGUUUGACUCUCGUGGAGAUGGGAAAAUCCAUGUAGCGCAAAUAGGAGAUGCCUUGAGAGCACUCGGACAAAACCCUACAGAGUCAGAUGUCAAAAAGUGCACACUCCACCUGAAACCUGAUGAAAGAAUAUCAUUUGAAGUUUUCCUGCCAAUAUAUCAAGCAAUAUCCAAGGCAAGAAGUGGUGACACAGCAAAUGAUUUCAUUGAAGGACUCCGUCACUUUGAUAAGGAUGGUAAUGGGUUUAUAUCCUCUGCUGAACUCCGUCACCUUCUGUCUACCCUUGGUGAAAAGCUGAGUGAUGAUGAAGUGGAGCAGUUGCUGCAGGGACAAGAGGAUUCUCAGGGCAAUAUCAACUAUGAGAAUUUUGUGCACCUCAUCAUGCAGGGCUGAGCGUCGGCAUUGUUUAGUGUCGAGUUCAGGUUAAUAAUUAUUCCCAACAAUUUCCAUUACAACUUAUUCCAAACAUUUAUUAGUUUUAAGGAUAAUAACAAAUUAUGAAUAUGAUAAAUAACAUAAUAAAUUUAUAU